GACCAGAAGAAAGAAAACGUGACUAAAGCAAAACUCUGAGAAGAUUAAGUGAAGGGCAAAUACACGAAAUAAAUGAAAGAAAAUUGAUAUAUGUAAAAGAAAAAAAUAAUAAAGAGAAACUAAGAAAAAUAUAUAUGAAAUAACUACAUAUAUCACGUGGCAGUGAGGUGACAGCAACUUAAUACAAUAGGUAUAUAUAUAGUUAAUUAUAUAUAUAUAAAUAUAAUUCAUUAAAAUAAAGAAGCUUCCAGUAUUUUGCUUGUCACAAUUCUGGCUCGGGCAUCGCUAAGGCAGACGAAGUCACCGCACGACUUUCCACCGCCUUCACACACGCACCUACGCGCCCACACGCCCACACAAUGAACAGCCCGAAGCCCUCUGGUAUCCGCACGCCCACCCGCAUUGGGCGUGCUGCUUCCGGGAUCCCUGUCACGCCCGGAACACCCCCGACGCCGCCCACACCGCCCACGCCCCCGACACAGAAUAAGCCGUUCAAAAUCGCUCCUCUGUCCACGCCCUCGCCUUCUGCAGGAGCUAACGGUGACCGAGUGGAUGUAGAAGUAGAAAAACUGCGACGCCUCAGUGAAGAGUUCUCCAGGAAAACCGACUCCACACUGCUCAACGGCUCCGCUAGACACAAAAGUCCUUCGCCUCAACCCAGACCAGCUCUCCCAACGUACACAAACUUCAAGCAGAUCUACAACAACAACCUCCACAACCACAACAACAACAACAACAACACCCCCAAUUCCUACAACAACACGCAUAGCAACAACCUUUCCAACGGCCUUAGUGGGAGCAACAGCAGCCUCUCCAGCAGUAACAGCAGCAGCUUCCACCAUAAGCGUGCCAGAUCCCCUCUGAGAGAAAACGGCCUCUCGCCCUCUGUCAUCCUCGAGACAAAGAAGGGGCUGUCUGAGGAACCUUUCCUUCCCUUCACCUUCCCCGAUCUGCCUUCCUACAAGAUGCCUUCUCAGAGGCGCUUCAGCGAGGACGUGUCCUUUCGCCGACCGCUUGCCACACUGCAUGAGGAUGAGGUGGUUGCCAGGCGACGCUUCAGCGAGGAUGUCCGCAAGAAAUCCCUGGACACCUCCGCCGUGAUGGACGACAUAUUCAAGCACCAGCGGCGUCUGUCGGAGGCUGGAGUUCGCCGCUUGUCAGAUGCCUCGGUCGUGUUGACAGAGGACACUGACAGUUUCAUCAUCGGAGACCGAGUGUGGGUUGGUGGUACGAAGGGGGGACACAUUUCCUACAUUGGAGAGACACAGUUUGCCCCAGGAGAGUGGGCAGGAGUUACUCUUGAUGAACCCAUUGGCAAGAAUGAUGGAAGCGUGGCAGGUGUGCGUUACUUCCAGUGCGAGGCCAAGAAGGGUGUCUUCUCGCGCCUCACCCGCCUGUCCCGUACACCUCUCACUGACCAGGACAUCGAGAUCCUGACGUCCAGAUCUUCCACCGUAGGAUCAGACUCCCCAAAGACCAAUGGUACCCCCGCAGCUAGCGUGGCCUCGGGCCCUACGUCAUCUACCACACGUAAGAUUACCCCUGCCAGUGCCCCAGCAGGCUCCACUGCUUCCUCCACCUCUGCUGUUGCUGCUAAGUCAGGUUCUCCUGCCCCUGCUUCUACUCCAAGGAAAGCUUCUAAUGCUACCCCAGCUUCUGUAUCCUCAGACUUGAAAGUAGGAGACCGUGUAGUCAUCAACAGUGCUUCAGGAGUCAAGCACGGCACGCUGCGCUUCAUUGGAAAGGCAGACUUUGCUGAGGGCAUUUGGGCCGGGGUGGAACUGGAUGAGCCCAAUGGCAAGAACGAUGGUUCUGUGGCAGGCAAAAAAUAUUUUGAGUGCAAGAACAAGUAUGGGCUGUUUGCCCCAGUGGCCCGCGUAAGCAAGUUUACCGGGGGUUCAGGGACCCCGCGCCGUACCUCCUCCCUGUCCCAGACCCCCCGGGGCUCCCUCCGCCGUUCCAACAGCAAGGAGUCCAUUGGCGGGUCUUCUGUUGCCUCUUCCACUACGUCAUCCAUUCGGGGUACCAGGGUAAGACUUGGCGUCACGUCCCUAUCGCCAGGCCAGAGACCAAGCAGGCCCACCACCUCCUCUGUACCAAGCACCAAAGCUUUGCAGGAAGCACUCGCAGAAAAAACCCAACAUGUUGAUCAGCUGAUGAGAGAGCGUGACCUGGAGAGGGCAGAGGUAGCGCGGAUGGCUGCCCAGGCAGAUGAGGCCACCAGGGCAGCUCAGGACAUGCGGAUGCAACUUGAUCAGCUACAAGUGGAGUCGGAGGAGCGCCUGCACGACCUAGGGGAACGAGUGCGCCUGCUGGAGAAGGAGCGGGAGGACAUCCUCACCAAACUGGAGGACAAGCAGAGGGAGGUAGAUGACCUGGCCUUCCGUCUGGAGGAGGAGUCCAUCACCAAGGCCGAUCUCGAGAAAUUGGAACGCCUGAAAGCAAGUCAGAGCACAACAGAUGGAGAGUACAUCAAAGAAAUGAAGAAGGAGGUGGAGGAACUAAGAAAAAAACUCAAAGAACGAGGAACCAUAGAGGCUAACAGGGCAUUCGAAAUGGAGGAACUGGAGAUUAACCUGAGAGCUAGCGUGGAAGAACUUCAAGCUAAGGUGAUGGACAUGGAAAGGGAAAAAGAGGAGCAAGAUAAAGUCCUGCUGGAAAACAUUGAGAUGAUCAAGUCCCUCAAGACAAGCAACGAAGCCUUGAAAAACGACAUCAGUGAACGUGAACAGAAGAUCCAACUCCUGGAAUCAAAGCAGGAGGAAGACGGCGCGAAAUCGAGGGAGAGAUCGACGGAAAUUGGCGAGAAGGAUGCAAAGAUUAGGGAGCUGCAGCUUGAGGUUGAGAGGAAGGGGAAGGACUUCGAAGAUGUAACCCAACAGGUGGAGGAGGUCCUGCAGGACAUCGUGAAGGAGAGACAAGAAAAGGACGUGCUACGGAAGGAGAUUGAGGGUCUCAAAACACAGCUCAGUUCUGGUUCGAGUGAGACUUCAAGUCUUCUACUCGAGCUUGACAAGGUGAAGGAAGAACUCACAGUUGCCACUAGUCAACUUCAGGAGGCGAAUAAUAAAAUCAAGAAUGUUGAGAUGGAGAAGACCAAAGCCGAGGAAGAACUCAAGCAGGCAAGCAGUUCAGCUUCAGAUACAUCAGUCCAGCUCAAGAGUGUCACAACCAAACUCCAGGAUACGGAAAAAGAACUAUCGAUUUUCAAGGAGAGGCUCGAGAAAGCAGAAAAGUCCCUUAGAAGCGAGCAGGAAGGCAAGCUCUCCCAGACUGAAACCGUGGAGAAACAUUUGUCAGAAUUAAAGGAACAGCACUCACAGCAACUUCUUAAUUAUGAAGAACAGGUCAAAACACUGCUCAGUUCUGGUUCGAGUGAGACUUCAAGUCUUCUACUCGAGCUUGACAAGGUGAAGGAAGAACUCGUAGUUGCCACUAGUCAACUUCAGGAGGCGAAUAACAAAAUCAAGAAUGUUGAGAUGGAGAAGACCAAAGCCGAGGAAGAACUCAAGCAGGCAAGCAGUUCAGCUUCAGAUACGUCAGUCCAGCUCAAGAAUGUCACAACCAAGCUCCAGGAUACGGAAAAAGAACUAUCGAUUUUCAAGGAGAGGCUCGAGAAAGCAGAAAAGUCCCUUAGAAGCGAGCAGGAAGGCAAGCUCUCCCAGACUGAAACCGUGGAGAAACAGUUGUCAGAAUUAAAGGAACAGCACUCACAGCAACUUCUUAAUUAUGAAGAACAGGUCAAAACACUGGAGACACAGAAGAGUUUGGAGAAUCAAGUGAAGGCCAUGACCAGUGAAUCAGCUGACAAGCAGGGAAGCAUGGAGAAGGCCCUUGCUGACAUGAGAACAGAGUUGGAUAAUCUAGUCAAAGAGAAAAACGAGAUGGUGAGGAAGAAGACAGAGUUAGAGGAACAAAUAUCAAGUCUGGAGAACGAUAAUUGCAAGCUACGAACAGAGCAGGAAGCGAACCUCUUGGCUGUGACCGAGAGGGAUCAAAAGGCUGUCAUUGAUAUAACCAAUUUAUAUGCUCUCAUGAACAUCACUGUUGCCCUCUGCUCCAUUGAACACAUUGGACCUGGAUGCUACACUGUCAUCACACAGCGCAAAUUUCAGGCAUUUGGUUUCCUGGCCACUCUGAUGGGUGUGAGGGUUGUAGGCUGGGCGCAUGCAAACACUGAUGUGCGAGCUUUAUGCAUUUGUGAAAAGUCAUUCCUGUCACCCCAGACUUCAGUUAAAAUGCUCAUGAUGGCAAAUUUGUGUCACCGCAACCUUCGAGCCAAAUUUUUUCACAAUGUUAGACUUACUGAAGCCAAACUAAAGUCGAGUGGUGUGGUGCAGUGUACCCUGGUGGCAGCCUUGAAAGCCGAGGUGGAGCACUUGAUGACCUCCUUCAACAGCCAUCGCGAAGACCUUCAGAAACAGCUGAUGCAAGUGCAGGCGGAUAAGGAGGCAAUGGCAGAGAUCCAGAAGACAUUACUCUUUCCUGAGACUAAUGAGAUGAGAUCAUUCAAAACCAUUAAAAGUGACGUGGUGGAGGAAGAAAAAACAAAUCUAGUCAAAGAAAAAGACAGUCUGGAGGAGAAUUUGAAGAAGCUCUUAGCCAUAGAGGAAGAACACAAGACACUACAGAAGACACACACCGAACACACCAAGAAGGCGGAGAGUCUGAGUGCCGAAAAGGAGCGCUUGGCCAAAGAGAAGGACGAGUUGGAGAAGGAGGUCAAGAUGAUGAAGAAGCUGGAGGAGGAGAGAGAGCGGUUGUCGGGCGACGUCCAGAAACUGGAGAAGGAGCUCACGAAGAUCCCCCACCUACAGGAGGACAAUGCUCGGCUGGCGGAUGACAUAGCAAAAAUGACGAAGGAGAGGGAGAGCCUGGCUACCAGCCUGAAGAAGAUGGAGGAGGAGCUGAAGCAGAAGAAGCAGCUGGAGGAAGACAACAUGAGAAUAAGUUCGAGUUUGAAGAGUGUCGAGGAGGAGAAGAACAAGCUAAUGAUCGACGUGCAGAAGCUGGAGGCCGAGGCUGCCUCAAAAAAGCUGGAGGCCGAGGCUGCCUCAAAAGUAAGGCAUCUGGAGGGGGACCACUCAAAGGCCCUGGAGACAGUCAGAUCCUUGGAAGAGGAGAAAAGGCUGGCGGCUGAGGAGAUAUACAAGUUGGAGGAGGAGCUGAAGCAGAAGAAGCAGCUGGAGGAAGACAACAUGAGAAUAAGUUCGAGUUUGAAGAGUGUCGAGGAGGAGAAGAACAAGCUAAUGAUCGACGUGCAGAAGCUGGAGGCCGAGGCUGCCUCAAAAGUAAGGCAUCUGGAGGGGGACCACUCAAAGGCCCUGGAGACAGUCAGAUCCUUGGAAGAGGAGAAAAGGCUGGCGGCUGAGGAGAUAUACAAGUUGGAGGAGGAGCUGAAGCAGAAGAAGCAGCUGGAGGAAGACAACAUGAGAAUAAGUUCGAGUUUGAAGAGUGUCGAGGAGGAGAAGAACAAGCUAAUGAUCGACGUGCAGAAGCUGGAGGCCGAGGCUGCGACCACUCAAAGGCUGGCGGCUGAGGAGAUAUACAAGUUGGAGGAGGAGCUGAAGAAACUCAGAAAGUUGGAGGAAGAGAACCUCACUCUGGAGUCCAAGAACAUGGCUUUGGUGAAGAGUAUGGAAGAACUCAAAAUCAGCAAUGAAACGCGCGUUGGAGAGCUGGAAACGGAGAAGUUUAAUGUGAUCGAAGAGGUUGUAGUACUACAGGAACAACUAACGACAGCGAAGUCCAGCAUAGAAGAAAGAGAUCAGAAGAUGAAGGAAAUGCAAGAGGAAGUCAGCAAUGUGUCGAACCUACGUGCUAAAGUCGAUCUUCUGGAGAAAGAAAAGAGGAGUUUGGAGAACAAGAUAGUAGAUCUCAGGGUCCAAGUGGCAUCUACAGAAAUCACAAAUAAUGAUUCCGAUAACUUUGUUAAGGAAUUGAAAGAUGAAAAGGAUCAGCUGGAAGGACAAGUUAACUUCCUCAAUACUGUCAUCGUUGACAUGCAACGAAAGAAUGAUGAGCUCAAGACGCGCAUAGAGAUCUUCGAACUUGGAAAUGUUUCUGAUGACACUAAAGCUAAUAUGAAUGGAAUGAGUCCAAAAGGACGUUAUGUGGUAGCUCCGAGAUUAUAUUGUGACAUCUGUGACUGCUUUGAUGCCCACGACACAGAGGACUGCCCGAAACAGGCCUCAUCAGACUCUCCUCCUCCGUCACAACACCAUGGGGAAAGAGGAUCAACGAGACCAUACUGUGAUACUUGUGAAGUUUUUGGGCAUGAAACCGGCGAAUGUAAUGAUGACGAAACCUUCUAAAUCGGCUGUGAAUCUUAAUUGUUAGAUAUUAAUGUUAUUGUUAUGACAUGAUAUAUGCAUAUAGUUUUGGUACUGUGAAACCUUACUUGGAGUGUUCUCAAAGAUGAGUUUGUAAAUAGGUCAAAAGUCCACUAGGCAUUAAGGUAACCGACUUGUUAAAGGCAUUUGUAUGAUAGCUGGACUGUCUUAUAGGCUUUUUAACUUGCGUCUUGUUUUGCAGUGAUGAAGAGUGUCCUGAAAAUAGAAGCAAUAAUUUCUGGCCUUAUAUCGAGAAGUCGAAAAUGAGCUUACAUAAUAGCCAUGUACAAUGGCAUAUAUAUUUAAUGUUGAAAAAAAGGAAAAUGUUAUUAUUUGCAUUUCUUGUUACUUGAAUUUAUCUAUAGAAAAUAUAAUAAGCAUCGUCCACAUUUUUAAAGGGCUUACAGGAUGUGAAAGUUAGUGUUUCAAAUAAAAUUGGGGAUAUGAUGGUCCAUCUUCAACCCUUUAUCUUGUGUCCUCAUCCAAAUUGUAAUCAAAAUUUAUUUUAUAUGCAUCUUAUUUUGUCAUUCAAUUCAGAAUUCAGAUAAAUAUUGUCCAUCUACUAUUUUGAAUAAAGGAUAUUAAUGUAU